GGCUCGAGGCGCCUGGCCCUUAAUUGACGCUUUAGGAUAGUGAUUCAUUCCGCGAGUGGCGAUGGCCUGCGUCAAUGUGCCGGGCCCGGGCCAUGCCUUGGCGCCCAUCUCCCGGCUCAUGGCUCGCGUCUGGGGCAACAGCGACAACCCCUACGACGCCAAGGUGGCCCUGAAGCCAAAGCAACAUGUGGAGAAGAUUUCGGAGAAGAGCGCCGAAGGUGAGGAAAAGGGGAAGAGCGAGCGGCGGAAGGAAGUGCACAUAGAUUCCACCACCAUGGUCCCCACCGAGCUCUACUGGAGCAUGCUGCGAGCAGGGGAGCGGGCCAAGAACCGAGGCCAGCACCGCCUGAAAGACCGCAGCUCACGAAAGCUCCAAGAGUCUCCGAGGCCGCACUUGGUGAAGAGCAAUUAGUCAGGGACUGGCUGAGUUUAGUUCCGGUGGGCCGGUAGCUGGGACUGGGACAGACGCUGGGCCAGCCAUGCAAAGGAUUCAACGAACGCCA